AUGAUGCGAUCACAAGUUGAACUGUCCACCAUGUUAUUUGUACUGAUGUCAUCGCUCAUGGCUGCUUUCUGUUCUGCUAAGAACAAAAAACAACCAGACAACAAGGUAACUUCAUUUAUACUCAUGGCCACUGCACAUGGAUUUGAUUAUAGUUGAAAAUGUUAGUACGUUAUGGAAAAAAAUAGGAAUAAAAAAAUUCAAACACAAACUAAAGGUGGUAUGACUUUUUGUAGAACCUCAGAAAAAAUCGAUAUUUUGAAAAGAGAGAAAUAAUUUCACGUUUAUAAAAAUUAAAAGUAACCUUGUUACUAACGUGGUAGAAAUGUAUAUCCUCUUUGGUGAAAAAAUGAGUUUCUUUUAUCACAAUUAACUAUUUCAUGAAAGAAAUCCAACCUCAAACUUGCAAAAUUAAGGAACUACUUCCUCACCUGGAUUGAAACGCUAAAUGACAGAUAAAAUUGUCAAGACCUAAAGGCAUUUUGUCACCGACUUUUCUCUAUUUGACAGCCUGUUUCAUCUUGUCCAUCUUGUAAUGGCGGACAAACCGGGAUGUGGACAUACAUGACAAGCGUCCCAGGACCCCCUGGGCUACCUGGUCGUGAUGGAGCCAAAGGAGACCUGGGCAGCCCGGGGAAAACUGGGACCCAGGGAUCACGCGGUGCUGAUGGAAAGAAAGGAGCAAAGGGAGAGCCUGGGAUCAAGGGUUCCGCCGGUCAAAAAGGAGAGCGAGGGGACAAAGGCGACAGUGGAACCCCACAACUGGCUUCACACAUGAACUGGAAGGAGUGUGCUUGGAGGAAGGGAGACGACAAAGAUUCAGGAUUGAUAUAUGUAAGUGAGAAAUAUGCCUGUGUACUGAUAAGAACAACAAUACUGUUGAUAACCUUCUCAAAACGAAGAAUUCAUCAAUAUAAUUAACUUUCGUGGUGCCAUAGAUUGCAUUUUUCAAAUAUUUUCUUUCUUUCUUGCAUUUUUUUGUUCAGAACUGUGAUUUUGUGAAGAAAUACCCUGACACCUGCCUCCAUGUCUACUAUGCUGGUAAUAUCGGGAUUUUCAACUGUGCCUUAUGCUGUAGUCGCUGGUAUUUCAGCUUUAAUGGAGCCGAGUGCAGCUCUCCAGGAACUAUUGACGGUGCUUUCUUCAUGCGAACAAGAGGAAACCAUAAUCGUCACCGUCACCGCCACAUUGAAGGUCACUGCAAUAACAUUCAGAAAGGAAAGGUGCGAGUGGGGUUCUGGGUUGGAAAGUGCGUAACAGGCCAUAAGGUCGCCGACGCCUACAUUGGUUGGCAUUCAAUGAAUCGUAUCUUCAUUGAGGAAGUACCGAAAGCUCAGCAGUAA